UCAAAGCAAAACAUGGCGGACGAGGAGAGUAAAGAAGUUCCAAGCAAUACAAAUGAAGARACAGCAGAUGGUCCAACAGAGCCAAACGAAACUGCUGAUAACAUUCCCGAGGAAGCUAGUGGUGAAACUGAAGCUCAGCCUUCUGUGGAAGAUACUGGAGAAGGUCCCACAAUUGAAGUAACAGACACAAGUGACAAUGCCAACACAGAGGAGCCUGUUGCAUCAAGUGAAGAACAAAAAGAAGAAGAAAAAGUAAUUGAAACGGAAGAUGAAAAUGCUCCGAUCCCUGAAAAUGAGGGUGUUCCAGAGGAAGACAGCACCCCAGCAGUAGAGGUAGCAGAGCACAUGUCAAGGGAGGGGACACCUACAGAUGAAGUAGUCACUAGUGGUCCAACUGARGGACCUGAUGCAAGCGGCACCCCUCCACCAGCAACACAAUCACCCGAACCUGAAGAUAGUCCGAGAUAUGAUGAACAGCUUCCUUACGAUGAUAAUCAAAUGUAUGAAGAUGAGGAAGAAUACUAUGAAGAUAGCGAACCUGAAGAACCACUUUACAACAGACAAGAACUCAUGGACAAAUAUCAUCAAGCACUAGAAGAAAGAUCAUCAUUGCAAUCACUGAAUGCUCAACUUCAGCAUAAAUUAGCAGAGUACUUCAAGAAAAAGAAGAGUGAUGAAAGGCAGCAAGAAAUAGAAAAAAGUGUCACGGACCAGGAACAGCGUUACUUAAAAUACAUGUCAAAUCUAGAGGAACUACAAAACGAGGAACGUAAAGAAAAAGACAAUUACAAAAUGCAAAUUGAGGAUCUCAAAGCAAAAUGUCAUGAAAAAGAACAAGCAGUGGAAGACUCUAGUGCCCAAUUUUCCAAGUUUAAACUGGAAAUUGCAAAACAGGCAAUAAACAGCAGAUCAGGAAAGCCAAUCUCUCCAAAGGACAUUGAGCAGUACCAARCUUUAGAAGCUAAGAAAGAGCUGGAAGUCACUGGGGUUAGGCUGGAAAACAUAAAGUUAAGAAACAGACUUAAGAAGAGAGAAAUGCAGCUGAAAGCAAAGGAAGAACUUGCCGAGGGUCUUCACUUGAUUGACUUUGAACAACUGAAGAUUGAAAAUCAGACAUAUAAUGAAAAGAUCGAAGAAAGAAAUGAGGAAUUGCUAAAGCUAAGAAAGAAGAUCACAACUACAGUUCAAGUUCUGACUCAUCUAAAAGAGAAACUACAGUUUGUACAAGCAGAAAAUGGAGAACAAAGAUACAAAUUACGUUCUGUUGAGUCAUUGGCAGCUCAGAAAAGGGAUAUACUUACUCGAACAAAACAAGUCCGAGAUGCUUUGAGAAUAGAAAAUGUAAAACUUCGUCAGAAAUGUGGCCUGCUUGGUAAUGAGCCGCUUYUGAGAGACUACGAGUUACGGAAGGAUCAGAGUGACGACCUUAGCUCGAAAAUAGAAAAACUCAAAAUGGAGCAUGCCGAACUCACCAUGAACUGCGCUGGAGUAAAACAGAAAAUAGAUGAAGCACAACAAGAACAAUAAAACAACAUUGUCUCAGAAUAAGAAGAUUGUAAAUACUGUUUGUAAUUGAAAAUGAGGAGAAAUUGAAAUAAUAAAAAGUACAAUUUAAUAAAAGGAUGUAAACUUUUUAAUUAUAUUCGAA